UUCACAGAACAGCCAGGCCGAAGAGUCAGUCACAUUCUUGGCUGGGAUUCAAUGACUCAACCAGACACAAACAAACACAGAGAGAGAGAGAGAGAGAGAGAGAGAGAGAGAGAGAGAGAGAGAGAGAGACGGACGCUGGUUCAACGAAGGGAGAGGCAAACACUUGAACUAUGCACACAAGGUUUUUACACCAGGUACUGGGCGCCGGCCUGUUUUUUCCCUCACUGGAACAAGAUUACCUUGUCGAAGGUCCCGGGUUUUUUGUGCCUGGUUUCAGUGCGCUCUGAGGCUUUUUAUUGUUUUAAUAUGAAGCAGUCGCUGGAAAGGCAAAACGUAACCGACUCCGUGGCGCUUUUAGGUUUUGAAAGUGACACGAAAUCCCAGACUUGCUACAGACCUUUCUGAAUAUUUCCACAGAUAUUCGUUGUCGUUUUUUACUCUGAAUUGAUCGCAAAAGUUUGAGGUUUUUCUCUGUGUUGGCGCUUGUAACAAUAGAGAACAUGGAGGCAGUAUCAAGCUUCCGACCUCAUGCGGGACUUCAGCAAACUCUAAAGCAGUUCCACUUGAGCUCAAUGAGCUCGCUCGGCGGCCCGGCGGCUUUUUCGGCUCGCUGGCAGCACGAGCCACCAUUCGAGAAGCAUGGCAAGAAGAGCACAGAUCUGCCACUGCUGCCUAGCCUAAGGACCCAGACACCCUCAGUCCUGCCCGGGCCUCUGCUUAUCGCUCCGGAUCGCUCCACUGAGCGCUGCGAGACUGUGCUGGAGCGAGAGACCAUUUCGUGCUUCGUGGUCGGCGGCGAGAAGCGCCUGUGUCUGCCGCAGAUCCUGAACAGCGUGCUGCGUGACUUUACCCUGCAGCAGAUCAACGCUGUUUGCGAUGAGCUGCACAUCUACUGCUCGCGGUGCACGGCCGAACAGCUGGAGAUCCUGAAAAUAAUGGGUAUCUUGCCAUUCUCGGCACCUUCUUGCGGACUCAUCACGCAAACAGACGCCGAGCGCCUGUGCAAUUCCUUACUGCAUGGCGGUGCUCUGCCGCUGCGCCUCGACAAGGAGCUCGCGUGUUCCUCCUCCUCCGCUGAGCUCGAGUACACCGACCGGGCCUUUAAGGUGUACCACGAAUGUUUCGGCAAGUGCAAGGGUCUAUUCAUGCCAGAGCUCUAUACGAGUCCGCAUGCGGCGUGCAUCCAGUGCCUAGACUGCAGACUGAUAUUCCCUACGCAAAAGUUCGUGGUGCAUAGCCACAAGCGCUUGGAAAACCGGACGUGCCAUUGGGGUUUCGACUCUACCAACUGGAGGGCCUACAUCCUCUUGGAUCAAGAUUACGCCGAGAAAGAGGAGAAGGCUACACUGCAGCAACUUCUCAACGAAUUAAAGGGGAAAUAUGACCUCGGAAACAAACACAAGAGCUCAUCUUUCAGGGAAUAUAGUCCCAUUCCUGCCAAGAAGUCCAAACAGGAGCUUACCCCACCUGAGGACCAAGAAAAGCAAGUGGAAUGGUUUCAGUGUUUAGCAACAUCUGCAAACAAGGAUCUCAAGCAGCUUCAGAUCAAGCAGAGGCCAUCAGCCUUUCGGCCAUGGUCUCCUAAAGUCCCAUCCACCGAGAGAGCAACUCCCAGUCACAAACCACUACCCAAAAACUCAGAGAACAUGGCAUUACCCCCAGACACUCUGCAGAAGAAAAAGCAGCCAGAGCAGUCCAGUGCAGGAGGUUCCCAGCCUGUCUAUAGCCACAGGUCCAAGACAACCAAGUGCUGGCCAUCUGGCGAGGACCAGACACAGCCUGCAGCCUGCAUCAUUCAUCCCACACAGUACGAGUCCAACUCGGAUGCAGAGAUUGAGGUAGACAACUGUGAUGAGGUGCCUUUCUCCCACUCUCUAACUAAUGGAGUGGUUGUGGAGCGGUAUGAGGGUAGGCACAGAUCUACAGCUGCCCCUAGCUCAGAAUUUGAGUCUUUGCAGCAGAUGCUGUACAACAACCUGAGUUCCAGAGAGGCCAGAGAGAGGUUCCUGCAGGAAAUUGUGCAUAUGCAAGUUGAACAGGAGGAAAAGCUUUCAGCAGCUUUGCAGGCCAAGCACAACCUUCAGCAGGAGCUGGAGUUUUUACGAGUGAGUAAGAAGGGGCGGUUGCGGGAGGCCAUUGAAGCCAAGCGUAACCUGCGAAAGGAGCUUGAGCGGUUGCGCACAGAAUGUGAGAGAAAGGUACAUGAUGCCAGUGAGUCGUGUAGAACACUAAAAAGGGAGCUGGAGCGUGAGCGGCAGAUGUACAAAUGUGACAAGUGCUAUGAGCCAAGCCAACUGAGGGCCAAGUACUCUACCCAGGUUGAAGCUCUCCAGUUGAAGCUGCAGCAAGCUGAGACUGAUCGUGAGCAGCUGCAAGAGGAGCUGCUGCAAGAGCAUGAAGCUCGGCAAAGUCUGGAACAAAUGGUGCUCCAGCUUCAGCAGCAGCUCAGCCAAGGCAACCAGAAACAAGGCCACCAUUGCCAGCAGCAAUCAUAGCAAGACACCUGGAAGGAUACUGUAGAUGUUGAAGACCGUUUGGAAAACAGCAUUGCAGGACUUUUGGUGGACUCAUUUUAUGAACAUAAUGAGCUUGUGAAAAAAAGUUUUAUGGGAGCAAAAUAUCGAAAAAUGUACAUGUACAUUAGCUUUACAUUUAUAGACAGAUGUGGAGACCACAGAGCUGGUCCCACUCCCCUUACACAAGUCUUAGAGAACAGUCCACGUGGUCUCAGAUCAGUGAAGAAGACACUCCAAGAAGGCAGCACCAUAUGGGACUAAUACCCUUUCAGUUAGCUUUUUAAGCUAAUCCAAUGAAUUUAUAUUGUUAUAAGCUAUUUAACAAAGAUACUUGAAAAUGUAACAAAAUCUCACGGCCAGGGGAAAAAAGGAGAUUUUUUUUCUGGUAGAGAGAUUACAGUAGCAUAUAGAUAAAUAGAUCUAUUAAACAAGAAGGCAUUACAAAGCCAAAUUAUACAGAAGAGACACAUCACUACAUAUUAUUAUGCAUCUGAUGCUUCUUUAUGUUUCAUUUUGUUGUAUCCAAAUAAUUAGCAUGAACAACUGUACUAUGUAAGUCAUAGGUGGGCUUCAUAUAAACAUACGAGUAGUUAUUUUUUUUCUUUAUAUAUUUGAAUAUUCUUUUGGUACAUUUAAAUCCCUUGUACUAUUAUUUUGGCAAUUGUUUUUUGUCAAUCCAUAAUUAUUCCUAAUUCCAUUAUCUUUUGCAAGUAUUUUAUUCUGUACAACUCUUGCAUUUGUUGAAAUGAACAGUAUUGUGUAGAAUUCAAAAAGAACUUUCUGAACAGUGUUUCAGCAAUCUGCAUUUUUAGCAGUCAGAAGAACCAAAACAUGUUUUUUCUGGUGCAUUAUUGGUGAUAGCAAAUGCUAUUCUCGUUCAAGUGUCCAUUUUAGUCACUGGUUCUAGGGCUUGUUGAAAUAUAUUUGACAGUAACAUUUUUACUUAUAUACAAAAUAUGAAUAUAUAUUUUUUUACUCUAUCAAAAAAAUUGCACUUUUGUAAAGAGAAAUGUUCUCUUAUACAAUGCACAAUUAUACGAUUAUAAAUGUGCAUUUAUGCCCUCAUAUGUUGUUUUUCAAAUUUGAAGCAAGCGAGAGCUGGUUUAAAUUUUUUUCAUACUUUUUUUUACUUAUUGUAAAUAACACUUAUUAGACAUUAGAGGAUAAUUAUUGUAAAUAUGCUUGGCUUUACUUGUUAAUGCUCACCUAUUGCUUUUGCUCUCAACCAAUAUAUCCUAUAUAUGAAUCUCACUUUCAUUUAAAGGGCAUUUAAUGUAUACAGUUGUUAUGUAAUGUGGGGGAAAUGUUUGGUCAAUUUGGAAAUCAUUUUAACCACCAAAGCAACUGUAUGAGGAAAACCCUGCUUUUGUUUUUUUGUUUUUUUUUUUGUUUUUUUUGUAUGUUCACACAUACAAAAGACUUGUAUAAGUUUGUGCAGUUAUUUAGUAGAUUAAACCUUUAUUCGUUUUAUUUAUUCUCAGUCUUCUUUUUGAAUGAACAGUUUUGCCUGUCUCUCACCAUUUUUUCAGCUCCAUCCUCUUGAUUCUUCAUUCCAGUGGACUACAAAUAGACAGUAUUUGUGCUGCUGGCAUAGUUUUGGUUUUGAAGUGGCUUUAUUUUUCCACUUGUUUUAUGUUCUCUGCAUUUAAUACUCAUAUAAAAAUGACAAUAAUUGUA